CCUGUUUGGACUCGGCUGGGCUGUGGAGAAUUUUGAAAGUUACUGCCACCAGGAGGGGAUCACCAAUCACUGAACUGAAUUUAACAGAGUUACUUACUGAACAAGAGUGGAACAUUUCAUUAACUGUACCCAAAGGACAUCAGUCAGUAGAUUUAGGACCCAAUCUACGCAGGAUGACCUCAUCUUGACGUCUUCAGCUUGAUUCCAUCUGCAAAGACUCUAUUUCUAAAAUAGGUCACAUUCAGAGGAGCAGUUCAUUCUCAUUACCAAAAGAUUAUAAAAUAUAUAUAGAGAGAUGAAACAUUUAUUUUUUAAAAAUCCCAACAAGUUAUUACCAUGGAAAUCUCCAAGAAUUAUAACAUUCCCCCCCAUCCUAUAUAUUUCUGUACAUGAUUUCAGCUUUGUCUGUGUAUAUCCAUAAGUAAAAAUAUAUAUCAAAAAUUAAGCCAUAUUGGGCUUCCCUGGUGGCACAGUUGUUGAGAAUCUGCCUGCCAAUGCAGGGGACACGGGUUCGAGCCCUGGUCUGGGAAGAUCCCACAUGCCGCGGAGCAACUAGGCCCAUGAGCCACAACUACUGAGCCUGCGCGUCUGGAGCCUAUGAUCCACAACAAGAGAGGCCACGAUAAUGAGAGACCCGCGCACCGUGAUGAAGAGUGGCCCCCACUUGCCGCAACUAGAGGAAGCCCUCCCACAGAAACGAAGACCCAACACAGCCAAAAUAAAUAAAUAAUAAUUUAAAAAUAAAAUAAAAUAAAAUAAAGGGCCAUCUCCAACCUAGAUAGAAAGACCCUUACCAGAGUCAUUUGGAGUUGGCUGGACUGUGGAAAACUCUGAAAGCUACAGCUGCUGACCCACCCAGAAAACAUAGAACCCCUGACCUGAUUGGAUGGAAUUUCCUACCAGCAUUGAUGAGACCCAUUCUACAAUCUUCUGGAACAUAGAAUCUCACAAACUACAGGAUUCCAGAAAUAACUCACCUUCUGAAUCUUGAGAGUGAAGAAGUUGAAGAUUUUGCUGGGAUCAUAUAAGUGCCCCAAAGACCUAGAAAUGGUGUUGCCUAAAGGUCAAGAUGACUGGUCCAAAGAAGACAUUGUGAAGUUAUUGGAAUGUAUGGAGAAUAACAUUCCAUCCAAUGACAGGCACACGUUCAAAACAACCCAGUCACUGAUGGACUGGGAAAAAGUAGCUUUUAAAGAUUUUUCUGGGGAAAUGUGCAAACUCAAAUGGUUAGAGGUUUCUUAUAACUUGAGAAAAGUUCGCACUUUGAAAGAAUUAGUCCUGGAAGCAAAGGAAAAUGUUAACAAUCCUCACAAAUGCAGAAAACGCAAGAAGCAUCCUGAUUUACCCAAGAAGCCCUUGACAGCUUACCUCCGCUUUUUCAAAGAGAUGCGACCCCAGUACAGCCAAAAACACCCUAAGAUGAGCAACCAGGAGCUGACCAAGGUUCUGUCUGAGGAAUACAAGAAGCUUCCAGAGCAGCUGAAGCUGAAAUAUAGUCAAGAUUUCCAGAAGGAGAAACUGGAGUUUGAGGAGAAAAUGGCACUAUUCAGAAAACAGCACCCUGAUCUAGUCCAGAACUCCACGAAAUCUGAUGUCCCCAAAGGAAGCCAAAUCAAAGCACGAAAGAAGUUUCAGGGAUAUGUGCAAAAAGUGGAGUCUCCCCCAGAAAACAAUUUAUCCAUGAAGAGAAAAUUCCAUGGAGAGCCCAAGAAGCCACCUAUGAAUGGAUAUCACAAGUUCCACCAGGAUUUGUGGUCGAGUAGGGAGCUUCAAGUGGUGCCCCUGAGGGAGCGCAUGGUGGAGAUUAGUAGAUGCUGGCAGCGUGUCCCACAGAACCAGAAGGAGCGUUAUAAGAAGGAGGCUGAGGAACUGCAGAAACAGUACAAGGUUGACCUUGAUCUCUGGCUCAAGAGUUUGUCUCCUGAAGAAUAUGCUGCUUACAGAGAGGCAACCUAUACUAAGCGUAAGAACAUGAGCAUGACAAGGGGCCCAAACCCCAAGGUUAGAAGGAUGGAUCUGCAGUUCCCAUCAUCAGGGAAUCUUCAAGGAGGGCCUGGACUGGAGCAGGGGCUUCAGUCUCCAGAGGUAGAAUCAUCAAACACUCUUGGAGAGCAUUCUCCUGCCUCAGGGAGAUCAGAAGAAAACGAGAAAGAUGAGGAAGAGGAGGAAGGCAGCAACUCCUCAGACCACAGCAGUGGGGAUGAAGAUGAAAAUUGUGAGUCUGAGGACAGUGGUUCCAGCUCAUCUACCUCAGGGAACUCCUCCGACUCAGAUUCCAACUGAGCUUUGUUCACCAUCUGAGCGAUGGGACAGAGAACUUCCUAGCAAAUGGACAUGGCAUCUGCAUCAAAUUAAAGCAUUCUUCUCCCUGUGCCCUUUCAUUGCCUUCCUUCUUUCCUUCCCUCUUCAAUAUAAAGUAGGAGGGACCUGUUGGAUAGAAGGCAUCUUGUACAGUAAUUUCUUUCUCCUCCCUGUAGCCCAAGUCCACCCCCAGAGACAGUCCAUGCAAUGAAGACUCUUGGAAUAAACAAUGAGCUGGUUGGGCUGCAGUGCACACUGGGCUAGACUGAGUUUCCUGAACAGAGAAAUUUUGCUCUCCUCAUCUUCUGCUGCCAGAGCUGUGAGAGAGCCCCGAGGAGUCUGUGACGUCUCCCUUCUCUGUGGUCCUGUCUCUCAAGACUCUUGCACGGGAAGUGGGGAGGGGGAGAUUUGACAGACUGGAGCUAGGAGAGUUGCCUUUAAGAAAAUUGUCAAGCUCCUGAUGUCUUUCAUCCUGCUCUCUGAAGUGAGGAGUUGGCCCUUCCUUAAUUUGUGAGUGGGCAGGGGGAUGUGGGCAGCAGCAUUUCUACAUGUAUAUUUAUCUCUUAGCUGUCACUGAGAUUUUUCUUACUGGUUUCAAAAAUUAGAAAUUAAAUUCUUAGAACCACACCAUUUCCAUCUGAAUGAAAUGCUUCUCAAAAUCAGUGUCCUUUGACUCUUGGCACUAAUUUUCCAGGCCAUGUCUAAAUGUAUUCUGGUUUCUGGUCCAGCUCCUUCCAAAUGCUUCAGGUUGUAAGUGAACCACGUUUUUACCAUACACUUAAUUUAUAGGUAUUAUGUUAUGACUUUGUACCUGUUGUGUGUAUAAGUAUUUUAGUCCACAGACUAGUGUUUGG